ACUCCGCAUCGAUCGGGAAGAGAGAGAAUUAAAUAGAGACGAAAGAGAGAGAGGGAGCGAGAUGGGAAGGAAACGACGGCGGGCGGGAGGAAGGAACCGAAGCCGAAGCGACGAGGAAAAGAAGGCCGAGGCGACACGGAAUCGAACCCCUAACUCCUCGCCAUCGACUAUUCUUGGCUUCUUACAACGCUGCUCAUCGACUCCUUGGCGAUUUCAGAGAGGUCGAUGAUCGCAUGUUAAUAUGGCCCUGCCUAGUUUGAUUUUUAAUCAAAGAUGUCCAGUUGGGGAGUUCUAAGAAGAUUUAAGUGGCCAUGGAAAAACAGGAGAUUCCUGAAUUCCCAAGUGCUUGAUGAUAGGGCGAUUGAUAUUGAAUUGACAUAUUACACUAAACUGCCAGCUGCUGAACCUGAUAGCCCAUCUGAUCUUCUUACAGGAGAAGAACAGGACAAUGAGCUAAUUGUUGAUUUAGAUAUCUUCUUUGAGUCUCUCUAUAAUUACUAUUGUGGAAAGGGCCUGAAGUGCAUUACUAUAAAGUGGAUAGUUGAGAUCCUGACUGUAAUCUUCAUGGAAUUUUUUAUUUGGUUUUUCUUGUUGGUUGUUGAUUGGCCUGCCUUGCACACUGCAAAAUGUGGGAUUGAUGCGCUGAAGUCUAGAUAUAAGACUUGUGAUCUUGCAGAAAUAGCCAUAAAAAAGCACCCAUUAGUCCCGUUUACAUUAACAAAAGGUGUCAUUGUUGGGUGCAUGGUUAUGUUGGCAAUCUACGGGGUAUUUAACUUCUUGAUAUUCAUUGUACAGUUCAAAGGCAUGCUUAAAGUCCGCAACUUCUAUUAUAACAGUCUCAAUAUCACAGAUCGUGAAAUUCAGGCAGCUUCAUGGCAGACUGUGUUAGAAAAAAUCAUACAGUCACAGCAUACACAGCGACUUUGUGUGGUAAAGAAACUUUCUGCACAUGACAUAGUGAUGCGAAUGAUGCGCAAGGAGAAUUAUUUAAUUGCAAUGCUCAACAAAGGCGUUCUUGCUUUUCCAGUUCCUUGGUUGGUACCUGGAGCUGGUCCUUCUCUAAUAAAAAAUGGAAGAAAAUAUCAGAUAAUAUUACCAAAGACCCUUGAGUGGAUACUAAAUUGGUGCAUAUUUCAAAGCAUGUUUGACAGUAAAUUUUGUGUUCAGAGGGAAUUCGUAGAGAACACUUCAUUGUUAAGGAUGAGGAUCAGGAUUAUUGGGAUCGUGAUGUUUCUCAUUUCACCAUGUUUAGCAAUAUUCAUGUUGGUGUAUCUGUUUCUAAGGCAUGCAGAACAGUUCUAUCAUCAUCCAAGCACAGCAUCAUCUCGAAGGUGGUCUAACUUAUCAAAGUGGAUCUUUAGGGAGUUCAAUGAGGUUGAACAUUUAUUCAGAUAUCGAAUGAACAAUAGCAUAGCAUAUGCUUCAAACUAUCUAAAGCAAUUUCCUGCACCUUGUGUGUCCCUUAUUGCCAAAUUCAUCUCUUUUGUAUCUGGUGGUUUUGCUGCUAUUUUGAUCAUCAUUGCUUUUAUGGAUGAAUCUCUGCUGGAGGGCCAUGUUUUUGGCAGAAACUUAUUCUGGUAUGCUGCCAUUUUUGGAUCUGCAACUGCUAUAAGUCGAGCUGCUAUAUCAGAUGAGGUUCAGGUCCUUGAUCAUGAUGGAGCAAUGUCCCUUGUCGUAAACUAUACACAUUAUAUGCCAAAGAGAUGGCGUGGCAAAGAAAAGACUGAUUUGGUUCGGGCAGAGUUUCAGUCCAUGUUCCAGUAUACUGGAACAAUGCUGUUGGAAGAGCUGCUGUCAAUCUUCCUAACACCUAUAAUCCUAGUAUUCUUCCUGCCAGAGCGUGUAGAUGAUAUCCUACAUUUUAUUUUGGAGCACACUGUUUACGUUGAGGGAGUCGGUGAUGUCUGCAGUUUCAGCACAUUCAACUUCAAAAAUCACGGCAAUACAAAAUAUGGUUCCCCCUGUCCGGCAGAAAAAGAAAGGAGUUCUUCCCAAGGGAAAAUGGAGAAAUCAUUCUUUAGUUUUCAGUGUGCAUAUCUGUAUUCGGAACCAGAUGCCGACGGCCAGCAGUUCCUUUCCACUCUUCAGAAGUUCAAGGAGAAGCAAACACAUUUAGCUCGUGUUUCAGACCUUUUGCAGACCUGGAAAUGGCAACCCACUAGAGGCUUGAGUAGCCAACCUGAUAUCGUUCACAGAUUCACUCCAAAUAUGUUAAGCAGUAAUAGAUGCUUCCUGAAAAAUGGCUGUCACCUGGAUUCUCCAUUUGCCAUGGACCGUGAACUUUUGGAUCAUCCAUAUAUUUUGGAUUGUUAUCAUGCAUCCAAACCUCUCGAGGUGCUAGAAAACCAAGAAGGUUUACCUUCGCCAAGAACCGAAGUUGCUUUCAAGCCAAACCAAGAUUUCAUUGCAAGCCAGAACAAUUUGAGAGAUGAGGUUGAGAACAAGGACCAGCAUUGGGACCUCUCCUUUUCCGACCAGCUACUAAGUCGUGCUGAAGCCUCCACUUCUGGCUCGCUCUUUCAGAGCUCGCCAGCCCAAGAUGGCAUGCAUCAUUCUCGCACCAUGGCACGAUGGUGGGAGCGCAGAGCGAGUUCUUUAGCAACAGGAACCAGCUUUCUUGAACCUCCAACUAGAUUUCACAACCAUAAUUAUAGCCAUCACAGUGAUGAUGUCCUAAAGUAUGGAGAUGAUAUAGAAGAUCUGGGAGAACAUCAAGCAUCGUCUAGUAUCCGUGAUGAUUCGGGAUUAGAUGAUGAAGUGCUAGAUCUUGCGUUUGUAGAUAAUGAUGAUCAGAUGAAGAAAAAUAUGAAGUUAAGAUUAGGAGGAAUGAUUUGAUUCCCUAAUGCAUGCAAUUGUAAAUAUCAAACAAUGAUUUAAUUUAAGCACAUAGUAUUCUUUGGGCACCCA